AUGGAUAUUGACGCGAACAAGUUGAAAGGUCCUUUAAGUGUUAAAGUGUCGAAUGGGUAUCAAAGCAGUAAUCUUCAGUCACUGUGCAAAGAAUUUCCUCAAUCCUCUCGUAAGAGUAGGACUCCGAAUCUUUUCGAUGGCAAGUUAUGGGACCGCCCAAGUCCUUUAGGCCCUCAUGGGAAGAGCCAUAACACUGCUUGUGAAGAUGCAGUUCCUAAAGUACAAGAACAACAGAGUGCUACUGAGUUGCUUUCUUUGGGUAGCAGACCACCUGGAUCCGUUGAGCAUGGAGAAGAAGUUGAUCAAGCUACGGGGAGUCCGAGCAUUUACAGUAAGAGUCCUGUGAGAGGUCCGCUUGGCAUCACUUUGAACGCUAAAGGAAUGCGAAAAGUACCAUGGAAUGGAUUGACAUCUGCUUCCGAGACUUGUUGCAGGGGUGAACUACCUGAUACCGGUUCUUUGAGGAAAAGGUUGGUGAUGGAAGGAUUGAAUAUCUCAGUAGAUUGUGCGGAUUUGUUGAACAAUAGUCUCGAUGUUUACAUGAAGAGAUUGAUAAAACCUUGUUUGGAACUGGCUGGUAUGAGGUCCAGGCAAAACCUUGUUGACCGGGGCCAGAAUCAGUCCAUGGCUUAUUUGAAUGGGAUGUGGCCUGUGAGAUACGCACCAAAUCAGAAGGGGGUCGUUUCUGCAUCAAUGUUAGACUUUCAAAUUGCGAUGGAGAUGAACCCCUUGAUUCUUGGAGUAGACUGGCCAACGCAACUCGAGAAGUUUGUCAUGCGUCACUUGGAUAUUAAAUCUAAUGCUUCUAAGCUCUUAAACGGACAUGUCUGUACUUCGAAUAAUCUGCCAGUUCUUGAUUCGGAUGACGAUUCUGUUGAAUUAUGGAGAUAA